UUCUCUGUUUCCUGCAAUUUUCACAAAGAACCUGCUUUGCUUUAUUUUCAUACUUUAAAAUAUCUUUUUCUUUCUCCAAUCCAGAAGAAUUUUACACUAACCUCUAGCAGCAAGUUGCUCAUUGGUGAGAUGGUUCACUUCUGCUCUUGCAGGAAGUGGUUUUAUUUUACUUUUUCCCUGCUUUUUUCACUCUGUAUGAGCUGUGGGACUAACUCAAGUGCUGUCUCUAGACAUGUGACCUUGAUCUUUUCCGUUCUUUUGAAAUAGUUAAAACUGUUGCUUGUUGAUGGCGGCUUGAGAUGAGAUGACAACGUCCCUGAGGCUGCAGGUCAACCCAGCAACCAUGGAAAGGUCUUCAACUUCUGAUACAGCCUCUGAAAAGCCUAAUCCUUCCCACCAUAGCACUGGGGCUGUUCAAAUGAGGAUCAAAAAUUCCAACAGUCACCACGACAGGCUGAGCCAAAGCAAAUCUAUGAUUCUCUCUGAGAAUGUGAAAGUCGCCGAGCCCCUAAACCGUCACAGAAGAAAUCUUUCCCAGCACAACUUGACGUUUACAGACAUCAUCAGCACCCAGGACCCCACGGUAGUGGCGAAGGAAGGAUAUCUUCUAAAAGCAAAAAUAGCAGAUGGUGGCAAGAAAUUAAGGAAAAAUUGGUCCACCUCCUGGAUUGUUCUUACUGCUCGGAAGAUGGAAUUCUACAAAGAGUCCAAGCAGCCAGCGAUGGCCAACCUGAAGCCGGGAUAUAAACCUGAGUGUGUGGAUUUGUGUGGUGCUCGCAUAGAGUGGACCUCAGAGAAAUCCAGCAGAAAGAAUGUCUUUCAGAUCACGACAGUGUCAGGAAAUGAGUUCCUCUUCCAGUCGGAUACCGACUUUCUCAUAUUGGAUUGGUUCCACGCUAUCAAAAAUGCAAUUGACAGAUUGCCAAAAGAACAGAGAAUUACAUCGAGAAAUUUGGAGUUCAAACUCAGAAGAUCCUCCAGCAUCGAAUUACUGAAUAACUUAGACACUGAAUCCAAAGAGCCAAAGCCUGAACACAGAAAAUCUUUAAUUUUCAGGCUGAACUACAGUGCCUCUGACACAAAUGACAGAAACCGAAUUAAAAGCAGAUUAAAGAAGUUCAUCUCCCGAAGACCCUCCUUGAAAACAUUGCAAGAAAAGGGACUUAUUAAAGAUCAAAUUUUUGGCUCCCAUUUGCACUUGGUUUGUGAGCAUGAGAAAUCUACAGUUCCCCAGUUUGUAAGACUCUGCAUAGAAGCUGUUGAAAAAAGAGGUCUAGAUGUUGAUGGAAUAUACAGAGUUAGCGGCAAUCUGGCAACAAUACAGAAGUUACGAUUUGUUGUCAAUCAGGAAGAGAAGCUGAAUUUGGACGACAGCCAGUGGGAGGACAUCCACGUUGUCACCGGAGCACUCAAGAUGUUUUUCAGAGAGCUGCCUGAGCCGCUGUUCCCAUACUGCUUCUUUGAACAGUUUGUGGAGGCGAUAAAAAUCCAGGACAACGCCACUCGCAUCAAAUGCAUAAGGGGCCUGGUAAAGAAGCUCCCUAGACCCAACUAUGACACGAUGAAAAUCCUUUUUGAACAUCUACAGAAGAUAGCAGCCAAGGAAUCCGUGAAUCUUAUGUCAACACAGAGCUUAGGAAUUGUGUUUGGACCAACACUCCUGAGACCUGAAAAGGAGACAGGGAACAUGGCAGUCCACAUGCUGUACCAAAAUCAGAUAGUUGAACUUAUGCUGAGCGAGUACAGCAAGAUCUUCGGCUCGGAGGAAGACUGACAGACAGGGCCUGUUAUUGAAAACGUUCACAUCUGUCUUGAUGUCUAAUAUUUUUACAUUUCUGUAAACAUAUUUCUGAAAUAUUUCUUUUUCUUUCAAGUGACAGAUGCCUCAUUUUGUGCAAACUUAAUGAUGAUUUUGUGUCUAAUUUUCAAACAUUGGAAUAAAAAAUAUUGUCAACAUUUGCCUAUAUGUAUUCUGCAUUAACCCUUUGAGAGUUUCAUUAUGCUAGCACUCCAAGUGUCACUUUUUCUGCAAGCUGAGCAUACAGCAUAUGGCCCUAGACCAUAGAAAAUGCUGUUUACCAACAUAUGCAAUGGCACAGAAAGACAGAUAAUAAUUGAGGAGGUUUGUGGAAAACAGAUUAAAGUAUGUAUAUUUAAAGCAAUGAAUUAAAGCAGUGACACGAGAUCAUUCAUAGCUAAUCUGAGUAUAAUUUACCUUUCUCUUUGAUAUACGUUGAAAAUUAAAGACAUGAUGAAUACUCAUUUGUCUACCCCAAGAGCUGGAAAAAAAAUUGCAUUUAAUGCUUUUAAACAAAUAAAAUAAACAAACACAAACAAAAUGAGAAUGUCACCAUUUGCAUAACAGUGCCUAAAAGAAAUUAAAAAUGGAAUUGGAACUUUGGCAUUUUUACUUAAACGCAGUACAUGAAAUGAAGACAUUGCAUGACUGCUCAUUUUAAUGUAACAUCCAUUUUGAUUCUUCAUCACACUGUACAUCUGCCCGCUUUCCCCAGCUAUCUCAUGUUCUGUAGCAUUUGUAUUGUGCUCCUGAGGAUGCUUUAUUGGUGAACUACAUUAAAUUCAUCUAGAAAGAACUUUAAAAAAAAAGCCUUUUCAUAUGCCCUUAGGAUUACUUGGCUAGACUUGAAUCAAUUUAUGCAUUUGAUGGUUAGUUUCAGUUGUCAUGGAUAAACAAAAGGGUAACUGUCUAGAAUAUAUCAAAUAUUGUUUCAUUUUGAAAUGUAUGUUUCCAGCUAUACACAUCUCCUACCCUGUUUUGUAAAAGUAUUCUGCUGAUAAAAUGUAGACUUAUGUUUGACAGCUUUUUAAUCAAGUUCAAAGAGAAUAAAUAAAACUAAUCCAGUGUGGUAAAGA